AUGUCGACCAUCCGACGCCCGCGCAUGUCCAAUGACCUUUUCACCCUGUUCGAUCUGUUGCUCGACUGCAAGACUUUUUGUCUUUCUCCAAGUAGCAAGGUACCCAAAGGCGUUAUACCAGACGAGUUCAGCGACUACCGUAAACCGUGGUCAUUGGGGCUGGAGAGGUCGCGGACGAGGAAGAGGAAGGGGUGGAGGCGGAUCUGGUUCGGAAAGAAAUAUGCCCAGGCCAACACACUGUGCGCUUCAGAAUUCGUUUCUGCUUCCCAUUGCCCAGUCCCGCUGACGCGAUGGAUCGAUGUAGUUCUCGCUCUCCCUCUGCAACACCAUUCGACUUUGCGGACUCGAGUCGCCAACUUCCAAUCCGCUCUUCUUGAGCAUGCUCCGCCCAUCACAGGAUUGGACAACACGAUCGUCAUUGAUCCUCGCCGCCUACAUUUGACUCUUGGAGUCAUGGCUCUUGAGACCGGUGAUUCUCCUGGCUCUGGCGAACCACAAGAAACUCAACCUGCGAGAACCGUAGAGACAGCACUUGAUCUGCUCCGCUCGCUAAAGCCCCGUAUCUCCGAAUUACUGUCAGAGAAUGGCGGAGGCAGUAGGCUGAAGGUCCCACUGGAACUCCUUGAUGUGUUCCCGCCUGGCGCUAUGACAGGGGCGAACGUUCUCUAUCUUGGACCGGACAUGACGGGGAUCGACGAUGGAGAUCGUCCCGGGCCAUCGCGGACAUCCUUUCCUACAGGCUCGACUGAUGAAAAGUAUCAUUGGAAGCAGCGAUUAUGGAAGGUAUCAGAUUUCAUCCAUCAAGAGUUCAAGAAAGCGGGAUACAUCACUGAGCGACGACCGCUCAAAUUGCACUGUACCAUACUCAAUACAAGCCAUCGGAAACCCCACCGCAGAAUUCCAUUUUCUUAUGACGAUAUCCUUAGCUCGAACGCUUGUAACCUGAUCGCGACGAGCCGAAGUGAACAGAUGGGACCAGGACAAUCGCAGAACAAAGCAGAAGGGUCUAUAAAUAGUCAAAUUGAAAGUGCUGAAUUGAACCCCGGGAGAAGCAGACGUGGUUCGAGCGCUCUCCCAGUGACUGUGGGCGUCUAUGAUGUGAAUGACGUCCAACUGUGGGUCAUGGGAAGUCGUGGGCCCAACAACGAGUCUUGGUACUGCUCAGGUGGAGAGAGCAUGGCCUGGACCUGGUCCCCGCGAGAAGCCAUCAUACCUUCUCUGCUUGGUGUUCCUCUCUUUUCAUUGGGGCGUCAGAAGGUCUACUAUCGGGAAUUCGGAACCUGUUGA